CUAACCAAUUAAUGAAAUGAAAUAGCUUCCCUUUGAAUGUACUCAUCCUCCUACGUCUCCCUCACACAUCACACAUGAUUUGUGAUUGAUCGCCAUUCUCCACCAUCCCCUGCCGCUAAACCCAACCACUUUCCGCUCAUAUGCAUAGCUCCGCCCUCCAACCACCAUUCCCCAAACAUUCCAAUGCUGGAAACCGCCGCACACCCCCACCGCUCCUGGAUUCCCUCCGCCGUCACCUUCCUCUCCACUCACAAGACCUCCCUCACCGUCUUCUGGAUCCUCUUCUUCUUCACCCUCUUCUACUGGCAGCGCGACACGGCGCCCGCCGCCGCCGCCGUCUUCAAUUUCCGCCGCCCGUAUGCACUUUCGCGCGAGCUCCCCAGGCUCCGCCCUGCCGUCUACAACUUGACCGACUUCGGAGGGGUGGGGGAUGGCCUGACGCUCAAUACGGCGGCGUUUGAAGGGGCGGUGAUGGCGAUCUCCAAGCUCGGGAGAAGCGGCGGGGGACAGCUCAAUGUGCCGCCGGGGAACUGGCUCACGGCGCCUUUCAAUCUCACCAGUCAUAUGACGCUGUUUCUCGCUGAAGGUGCUGUUAUCCUUGGAAUUGAUGAUGAGAACUACUGGCCUCUAAUGCCUCCACUGCCUUCUUAUGGAUAUGGAAGAGAGCAUAAAGGACCAAGAUAUGGAAGUUUAAUCCAUGGACAAAACCUCCGAGAUGUUGUAAUUACAGGGCAUAAUGGCACCAUUAAUGGCCAGGGUCAAACAUGGUGGAAAAAGUAUCGCCGUAAGCUUCUUAAUCAUACCCGAGGACCUCUUGUGCAGAUUAUGUGGUCCACUGACAUUUUGAUAUCUAAUAUAACGUUACUUGAUUCUCCUUUCUGGACACUUCAUCCAUAUGACUGCAAGAAUGUGACUAUAAGAAAUAUAACGAUCUUGGCACCCAUCUUCGAAGCUCCAAAUACUGAUGGCAUAGAUCCUGAUUCAUGUGAAGAUAUGGUGAUUGAGGACUGUUACAUUAGUGUUGGAGAUGACGGUGUUGCCAUAAAAAGCGGUUGGGAUCAGUAUGGCAUCAGUUAUGGGCGGCCUUCGACGAACAUACUCAUUCGGAACCUUGUCAUUCGUUCCAUGGUCAGCGCUGGUGUAUCAAUAGGCAGCGAGAUGUCUGGUGGUGUGUCGAACAUCACCAUCGAGAACAUCCACGUGUGGAACUCAAGGCGUGCCGUCCGGAUAAAAACAGCUCCAGGGAGAGGAGGAUACAUUAGGAACAUAACAUACAGAAACCUGACGUUUGACAACGUCCGUGUUGGGAUUGUGAUCAAGACAGAUUACAACGAACAUCCAGACGAGGAUUUCAACAGGGACGCAGCUCCCGUGGUAGAGGACAUAAGCUACACCUCGGUGCAUGGCGAAGGAGUGCGCGUGCCAGUUCGUAUUCACGGUAGCAAGGAGAUCCCUCUAAGAAAUGUGAGCUUCAGGGACAUGUCCGUGGGAAUAACCUACAAAAAGAAGCACAUUUUUCAGUGUUCGUUUGUGCAGGGACGUGUUGUAGGGGCAGUGUUUCCGGCUCCUUGUGACAAUCUGGAUUUGUACGACGAGGGAGGCCACCUCGUUAGACGAUCGCCCUCCCAGAAUGUAUCAGAUAUUGAUUAUGAUUUCUGAGAAUCAUUUCAUGUUUGUGGAUUUUUCAUCAUCCACAUCUCCCUCUCUCUGGUUUAAAGAUGGAACAUCUUCAUUUUCUGUGUGAUGGCCGUUUACAUUCUUGUGUGUUGUAAAUACAUUACUUAAUCUGAUUAUAGUUUAGUUGAUAGUACCUUUUCUUCUCA